GCAGAUCCCCCGAACUGCUACUGAAGACAGUCACAAUGAAGUUCGUGAUCUUGGCUUUGUGUAUCGCUUGCGCCUACGGUUGUGGGCUGCCUACCUACCCUCCCGUCCUCACCAGGGUGGUUGGUGGAGAUGAUGUCCGUCAGAACAGCUGGCCCUGGCAGGUAUCUCUGCAGUACCAGAGUGGAGGCAACUUCUACCACACCUGCGGUGGCACCCUGAUCGGCAACCAGUGGGUCCUCACUGCUGCUCACUGCAUCGGCAGUCGCACCUACAGAGUGUACCUGGGAAAACACAGCCUGAACACCAACAACGAGGGUGGUUCCGUCGCCAUCAGCCCCUCCAAGAUCAUCGUCCACCCCAACUGGGACUCUUACAGAAUCCGUAACGACAUUGCCCUGAUCAAGCUGGCGACUCCCGUCACCUUCUCUGAUUCCAUCAUGGCUGCCUGUCUUCCCGCCUCUGGAGACGUCCUGCCCAACAAUGCUCCCUGCUACGUGACUGGCUGGGGCCGUCUCUGGACUGGAGGUCCUCUUGCUGAUAUUCUGCAGCAGGCCCUCCUCCCCGUGGUCGACUACGCUACCUGCAGCAGGAGUGACUGGUGGGGCAGCCUGGUCACCACCAACAUGGUCUGUGCUGGAGGAGACGGACAGCUGGCUAGCUGCAACGGAGACUCUGGUGGUCCCCUGAACUGCCAGAGCCACGAUGGCUCCUGGGAGGUCCAUGGUGUGGUGAGCUUCGGCUCCAGCAUGGGCUGCAACUACCCCAAGAAGCCCUCCGUCUUCACCAGGGUCAGCGCCUACAUGAGCUGGAUCAACAACGUGAUGGCCUCCAACUAAACUGUGGAUUGGUUUUUGCCAUUGUUGUUGCGCUUGAGCAUCAAGUAAAGAACUUAUUGGAUAAUCCA